AUGAGUAGAAGAUUAACUGAAGAACGAUUCGCCACUGCUUGUGCCAAUGCAACAAGUAAGAUCAAUGCACUUGUUACUGGAAAAAAACAAUGUCUAAUAAAAUCAAAAAAGGUUAUUGUAAUAAUGCUUGAAGAACAUCGAAAUGUUGAUGCAAAAAAAGAAGCAAAGGAUAUGAUUUAUAAUCAGUAUUUAGUUGAUAUUUAUGAGGUAUUAGUUAAAAUGAUAAAUACUUUAGUUCAGUAUUCAGCAACAUUACCAAGAUGUGGAUUAGUACCACGAUCUCUUGAUGUUGAAAUUCGAAGUAUUGUGUUCUUUUCUGAACGACUUGAAGACAUUAAAGAACUUACUGAUAUAAAAAAAAUGUUUGUUGGUCAAUUUGGAACUACGUUAAUUGCAGAGACAACAGAAGAUACUAUUGAUCAGCGUUUAUAUAAGAAAUAUCGAAAUAUGAACAACAUCUCUGAAACAAUUGUUAAUAACCUUCUUGAUGCCUUGAAACCUAAAGAAGUUCAACCUGAAAAACAAAAAGGUUUUGGUGUCCCAACAACUGACCCUGUUUCUUUUCAACAACAACAAUUUAUUCAACCUCAACAACAAAAUAUAAAUGAUAGUUAUUCUCGAUUUGCUUCUAUGAACCAAGACAAUAAUAGAUUUCCUACUUUUGAACAACAAACAAAUCAACAAAAUCAAUUUUCAAGUAUGGGUAAUGAUAAUAAAUUCCCUUCACUUGAUACUCCUCAUCAACAACAACCUCAAUUUCCAUCUAUGAGUAACGAAAAUAAAUUCCCUUCAUUUGAACCUACUCAACCACAGCAGAACCAAUUCCCAACCUUCAAUACUCCAACUGUUUCACAACAAAAUACAUUCCCAUCAUUUGAUCAACCAAUUCAACAAAAUACCAAUAAAUUUCCUUCUUUUAAUCAAACCCAGGAACAAUCACAACAAUUUCAAUCAGUUGGAACUUUUGCACCAAUUCCUAAUUCAAACCCAGUUUGUGGGAGUGAUGAUGUUGAUGAUUUAUUAUCACGUAUGAAUGCAUUGAAAGAUUGA